AUGAUUCCACCCUCUAAGAGAAUAGACUUUGGCAGAAAUAUUGUUCCUACUUAGUUUUUGCCAAAGGAUGGAUAUAAAGCUAGGAAUUUAAAGACAGAAGCUGCAUAAUAGUUAACAGAAAAUAAAAGAUAUUAAACUUAGGUCUCAUGGAUUCAAGAGACAUAUCCACCAAUUUAUAAUUUUAGAAAUUUAAAGCUAGGAUAGUUUACUCCUUCUCUUGAAUUAGAAGGUUAUGAAUAUGGAAGGCAAGUAGAGCAUUGUAAAGUUCAUAAUUUAGACUCGAAAAGUAUUUAUGAAGAUAGAUAUCCAAAUGAAUAAAAAAGCUUAUUUAUAAAUAACGAAGAAUAUAAGCAAUAAGUCUAAAAUAGAUUCAAAAGAAAUAAAGAACCUUAGCAAUACAUUAGGCCAUUGAUUUCUUUUAAACAUAAUGAGAAUUUUAUAGAAAAUAAUGCUAUUUAAACAAUAACUGACAGUAAAAAUAGGAAAAAAAACUAGAAAUAUAGCGAAUAAGUUAAACUCUCUGAAAAUCCAAGCAAAACCAGAAGUUAUAAUAUUCAACAUAUGAAUGAUUUUAAGUAGAAAGAAGAAGAAAAAGAUAAGCAUUUGCAAAAUAUAUUAAAAACUCAAAAAAAUAUUCAAUAAUAAAUGAAAGAAUAAAACUUGUUAAACGAAAAUAAUAAGCUAACAUUAAAAGAUCCUCAUUUAAAUUACAUAGCUAAUAACAUAGAUAAAUUCUAACAGUAAUUAAAUAAUAUGGAAGGAUUAAAAUGA